GGCGGCGAAAUACAACCGUCGUGUAAAUGUCGAGAGCAUUUUUCAAGUCUGCGUUUCUUGCGAUUAUCUUUAAUAUCUCUAAUACUUUGUCACCACCGAGUCGCAUCAAACACAUUCGCAUGUAACCAAAAUGGCAACCCAAGACCUCGUAUUUUUAAAUGAUCAAGUUGUGCGACUAAAUUCUCUGUUGGCCAGCUAUCAGAGGAAGUAUCCUUCAUACACACCAGAGGCUCAAGGUAGUUAUCUCUUACCAAGCACAACAGACAGAAGUGUCCUGACUCCACUGCUGAUCGAGUAUGACGGAAUCAUUCAUGCACAAGAAGCUGAAAUAAGUAAUGAAAAGGCUGAGCUACAUAAACUAAGGCAGACCACUGAAGAAUUACUCUCAGAAAAUGAAAGACUGGGUGGCGAACUCCGUAAGAAUGUGGAAGAUCAGCUGUCAUCAGGGAUGGGGAUGGUGGGACUGUCUGGGGUGGAGGAAGGAGCACCUGCAUUAGAUGAUGACCAGAUGCUGCUAAACUUCCAGGAACAGCUGAAAAUGGCUGCCCAGGAGAAGGAAUCAGCUGAGCAGAAAUGGAGAGCAGCGUCUCAGGAGAUCGACCGUCUGGAGAAAGAGCUGGAGGCUGAGAAGGAAUCCCAUCAGUGGAGGGUGGUGGAACAACAGGCACACCAGGUCAAGGAGCAGUACAUGCAGAGUAUGGCUUCGGUCACAGCCCAGGUGGAGACACUGCAGAAAGAACUCAGGCUAGCCAGAACAGAGUUAGUGACCUCGGAACAGCUGAUCAAGGACCAGAAGAGGACAAUAGCUGACCUCCAGUCACAGCUGUCUUGGAAGGACCAGGAGAGAGCGGAUGUAAUAUUCAAGGAAGGCAUCACUGACACAAGGCUCAUAGAACUGAAAAAAAUCAUGGAAGAUCUUAAACACCAACUGUCACUGGCCAGUAGAGAAAACGGAGAGCUGAAACGAGAUAAGACUGCAAUGGAGACAAGAGUCUCUGAACUUCAAAAGAGAAAUUAUGAUAUGGAGAAGAAGGAAACAGAUGCCGUCAUAAGGGUGCAGGAUGCAGUACAGAUGGUGGAGAACGCUGUGCUGGAGAAGGAUCAAGCUGAGGUGCAGAGUCGUCAGAAAGAUAAUGAGAUUGAACAGAUGCAGGAUGUCCUCAGCAAACUCAUUAACGAAGCCGGAGUCCGCACCCGCCAAGAGGUUGAUGCAGUAAGGAAACAGUGCAAUGAGAGAAUCGGCAAACUCACAGAUGAAGUCCAUUCCCUAGAGAUGGAAGGAGCUGAGCGCGAGGCCCAGAUUGAGAGACUUGUGAGGGAGAAGAGAUCUGUGGAGUCCGAGUUAGAAAAGAUCUACAAGGAUGGUAUAGUGCAGGGAUCCAAACAACACAGUGCAUACGAGGAUCUGAACCGGCGAGCUAUUGAUGCAGAGAGACGGCGAGAUGAGGCAGAGCUGAAGGUGGACACACUGGAGUCUACACUCAAGCGGGAAUCAAUGAACUCUGAACAGCUGAAGAACCAGCUGGAGUCUCAGCUGAGCGGGAUGAGGGAACGCCUGAUGACCAUGGAGCUGGAGUUCGAGAACCUGAACGACGACCGUGUCCGCUACCUUGAUGAGAUCGACAAGCUGAAGCGCCAGCUACAGUCUGCCCAGCAGGAUAAGGAGGCCGCUCAGAGGAAGUACAACAAGCAGUCAGUGAUGAUGGAGCAGGGGCAGCAGCUGAAGAUGCGGGACUAUGAAGUGAAGCUGCAGUCAACGGAGGACGCCAACAGACAGACCAUGGUGGAGCUCCGCAAACUCCUCAAUGCCCAGCAGAGGAUGAGUGCUAGGUGGAAAGAGGAAUGCAAUACUAUUACACAGAAAUUUGAGGUCAAGGUUACAGAUCUGAGGUCAGAGGUCAGCAUGUUGAAGCGGCGAAAUGAAGAGUUAACAUCACUGUUGAAGGAGAGUCAAGAAAAGACAACCGAGGCAGAGCGUGUGAUCAGCGAGUACACGAAGAACGUGAGGAGGAUGGAAGACCGCGUGCGGGAGUCAGAGCAGAGGGCAGCGGAGUCCACCAGGAAGUUAUCUCGGCAUGUGGUAAGUGAGAGGCAGAUGGCAAGUGAAAGAGAGAGCCUUCUGCAAGAACUCAGUCGCAGCCAGAGAGAAACAAACAGAUCUCCCAGGGGCCAGAAUAUUUCAAACCUGAGUCACAGUGGCAGAUUAGCAGAAAGUCUCCGAAUGGCUGACAUUUCUAAUGGUCACACAAAUGGAUCUCCCAGGCAACAUAGGGGUGAUAUCGAUGACAUGUUGUCUGAGAGAUGACGCGAUAUUUCCAAGCCUCAACUUCAGUAUUGUCAUACAUGAGUAUUGUCAUACAUGAGUACUUCCUCAGACUUCAUCAGACAUACAUGUAUUUAUACUAUGCAAGCACUGUGCUUUAUGACCUAGGUGAUGGCCUCUUUGGUCUCAUGCAGGCCAAGAUCUACCUGGUUCCUUCAGAAUGUAAUGAAGAUGUUCUCAGAUUCAGUGGUAAUCCAGUGUCUAAUCUGUUCAAACUGUUUCAUUUGUAUGCUUGUCAGUCUAGGGUAAAACAUCAGUUCCUGAAACUUUAUCUUAACUUUACACUGGACACUGUCUUGACAUAUAUUUUGGAGAUGGAAAAUAUAGGAAAGCAUAGUGGAUUUGUAUUUUUAUUUUAUAGUUUCUUUACUUUCUUCCUCUGUAGCUCUUUAACAAUUGCAGUUGUACCAAGAAAUCAAUAUUGCAAGUUGAAAAUUGUAUGAUGAAACCAAGUAAAGAAGUUGAAGUUUCACCAUGUUUUAAAUAUAUUGGAACAUAAGUAACUUCACGACAUUAAGGAAGCAGUGCUCUUCGUAACAACAUCGAACUGAUCUGAUUUUGUUAGUAUUAUUUAGUGAUCUCUAACUGAGAAUUGCAAGUUGUAGGGCACUGUAUGUGGAAGAUAUGAAUGAUCACAAAAAUCUUAGUCAUAACCUAUAACGUGAUUUGUUCUGUGCUAACAUGAAUACUUAUGAAUCAGUUAUGCUCAUAAAUAAACUGAAGCCAUGGUACUGAGUAACAUUGUGUGUUGAGAGUUAAACGUGGAAGAAGUUUGAAACAUAUGUUAGUUCAAAUUAUAAUUAGUCCUAAAACACUUCUGUGGAUAAAGAACAACUAGGGACUAAACAUGUAUGGAACAAGACUGAUGACACACGCAUCAAGUAUUAUUUAUUGGCCACAAUUAGCUUGCUUGUUCUGUAAGCUAAAACCCAUAGACACAUUUAUUUAUAUGUAUACAAACAUAUAUAUUCCACAGUACUAACAGCUGAUUGUGGGUGUGGAAGACGGUUGUGUCUUUGUUUUGAUGUGAUGUAUGACACUGCCAUCUGCUUAUGUAUAAAGUAUAUUUUGUGUAUGUGUGAUACUGUACUCCGUCCAAACCAACAUGUAUUCCAUGACAUUAAUAUGCAGAUCUCUCUGUGUCUUGUACCUAUAUCUACCUGGUGUUAUAUUUACUUUCUAACAUUCACUUAUAUCUAUGUUAUAAUAUCAAAUCGUGUAUAUAAGAAAUAACAGCGCAUACAUGAGUAUGGGAUGUGUUGUUAAUGGAAAUAAUACUCAUAUAUAUUGUCACAUGUAUUUUGUGCCUUUAAUUGUGAAUGUACAACUAACAUGAAUAAAAAGAAAUGUAUGAUCUGA